CGGAAAUUCCACACAUUCCACAAAUUCGGGGCAUGUCACGGAUUCGGAAAUCCCAUACCGGAGGGUUACCUAUUGUUUAGGCAAUCUACUACCUUUAACCUAGGCUGUUGAUUUAUUUGCCUAGGUAUGUGGGACCCGAUGAAUUCGCUGUUCGGAUAUCUUCAACCUGAAGCUUGUUUUAGGGGUGGAUUCGUUUAUUUAGUCGUAGCUCGUUGACGCCGUGAGACGUCAUCUUUCUAAUUCUCUGACUUAUAGAUAUAGAAUGAAAACACGGAUUUUAGCACCCAUCUAACCUUCCUUUGACUAGGUAUUCUAUUGAAGCUAAUCAAUAUCUUUAACGUACCUAGUGGGAGACAAUAAAUGCUUGGAAAAUGACUUCGAACAAGACGCUCAUUUUCAAGAAAGUCCCGACCGGGUUUCCCGUGCCGGGCGAGCAUCUCGCUGUCGAGGACCGGCCGAUAGAUCUAGAAGCGGACGCGCCUAGAGGAGGUCUGGUUGUCGAGAUCCUCUAUGCUUCUUAUGAUCCUUACCUUCGUAGUAAGAUGCGCGAUGCCAGUAUCAAAUCCUACUCGCCACCUUUCGCGAUUGACAACCCUCUUACAAACUACACCGUCGCUCGGGUGCUCAAGUCAGACAGCUCCGAAUACAAAGAAGGAGACCUUGUCGUUGCUUUCCUCCCCAUCGCGGAAUAUGCCAGAAUCCCGGACCUUUCGGCAACAAGUGUCCGCAAGAUUAACAACCCACACAACCUGGACCUCGGCUUGUUCCUCGGCCCGCUGGGAAUGCCUGGCCUGACCGCCUAUGCCGGGUUGCAUAGGAUCGGGAAACCCCAAAAGGGGGAGACAAUAUUCAUCAGUUCGGCGGCUGGUGCCGUUGGACAAGUUGUCGGCCAGCUUGCUAAGAACGAGGGACUUAAAGUCAUUGGCUCUGUUGGCUCUGACGAAAAGCUAGACUACAUCACGAAGGAGCUCGGGUUUGAUGGUGGCUUCAACUAUAAGAAGGAGACCUCUUUCGAAGCGCUUCCUCGUCUUGCGCCAAACGGCAUCGACAUCUAUUUCGAGAACGUGGGAGGGGAGCAGCUUGAUGCUGCCCUCCAAAACAUGAAUACUCACGGUCGGAUUCCAAUCUCGGGAUAUAAUCUCCCCCCUGACCAAAGAUACGGCGUCAAAAGUCUCUUCCUUCUUAUCUCGAAGCUCAUAACGAUGCAAGGGUUUCUGGUUGGGCAACCAGAAUUUGGACCUGCGUACUUCCAGGAGCACCAACAAAACGUUCAAAAGUGGAUUGCGGAUGGUUCUUUCAAGGCCAAGUUAGAUGUUACUGAAGGUAUUGAGAAAGCCGCCGAAGGAUUCAUUGGCAUGCUCAAGGGUGAGAACUUUGGAAAGGCUAUUCUGAAAAUCAAAUAGAUGAGCCGCGGCGGCCGCGACAGCUGUCUGUAGAUGAGGUUGACUUACGUGACCUCAUGGGAACUUCAUAGUCAAGGAAUCAGCCAAGACAGACGGGAAUUGAAGACCUAUAUUAAAGGUGAUAUUGGAAGUGACAAAAAUUUCAUAACUAUUUAUUUCAUAUCGCCCGGCUACUUCAUUUCCUUCCGUAUCGGAUAACCUAAACCCAGAUAUAACAGGCU